CUCCCAUCAUGCACCCGUACCCCAAGGUGCCGGGCUCAGCCUGAGGCCUGGGACCCGGCCAACUCCUGGGAGCCUCGAGGGGUCGGGGAUGAAGAGCAGAGCGCUAGGAGACGGCCUCGCUCCCCUGCCCACCGCGUGGGUCGCGGCCCUCCAUAACCUAGCAGGUCUCUCGGGCUCCGGCCUGUGCUCGGCACCACCACAACGGGCCUAAUAUGGCCGCUGAUUCUGGGACCUGCUGGGCGCGCGGAGAGCCGGGCUGAGGUCCGGGGUCAGGAACUACUCCCGGCAUUCCUCGCGGGUGUGGCGUGGGCUCCCUUCCCCCAUCUCCGGGUCCCGCGAGAGGGAGACCCUCGGGCUUUGAGGUGAGACCCGAGGCUGUGCUGACGGGUGCCGUGGCGGGAGAGGGCAGGUCAUCGCGGGCAGUGAGCCACUGGCCUUCUUGGGUAGCAAGGUGUAGCGAGGGGGCGUUGAAAGAAGGACACGCGAUGCACGGCCUGCUUUCUAGGGAGCCCUUUGGGUUGAGGACAUUUUCAGCAGUGGGCGGGAUUUUACUGGAGACCUGUCACUGUCUGAGCCUUAAAACAUCACAGAUGGGGUAUUUUAUCACCGAAGCAGAGUGAAAAGGCUGUAGCCUUAGCAGAAUUCUGAGACAGUGUGUGUGCGCCUCGUAAGUUCUUACAGGGAGGAGGGUCUGUGCUGAGCGGCCCUCUCACCCCUCAACCACGCCCGCAGGGCUGAGCACCAGGCCUUUUACCCUUGGGAGCUCAGCGAAUGCUUGUUGACCAACCAAUUGCAGGUAGCAUGGCCCAGGGCUUGAUUGAGGUGGAGCUAAAGUUCAUUCCAGGGCCUGGCACAGAGGAGCGGCUCCAGGAGUUGGGGGGCACCCUGGAGCACCGGGUCACCUUCCGAGACACCUACUAUGACACCCCUGAGCUGAACCUCAUGCGGGCUGACCACUGGCUGCGACAACGAGAGGAUAGUGGAUGGGAGCUCAAAUGUCCUGGAACAGCAGGUGUCUUAGGACCCCACACUCAGUAUACGGAACUCACAGCUGAACCUGCAAUUGUGGCCCAGCUCUGUGCCGUGCUGGAGACUGAGGGCCUGGGGGCUGGGGGUGUGGCUGCUGUGCUGGGCCCAAUGAGGCUGCAGGAAGUAGCUAGUUUUGUGACUAACCGGAGUGCCUGGAGGCUGGUUCUUUUGGGAACUGAUGAAGAGGAGUGGCCGCUCAGGGUGGACCUGGAUACAGCCGACUUUGGCUACGCAGUGGGUGAGGUAGAGGCCCUGGUGCACGAAGAGGCUGAAGUACCAGCUGCCCUAGAGAAGAUCCACAAGCUCAGCAACAUGCUUGGUGUGCCAGCACAGGAGACAGCACCUGCCAAGCUGAUCGUGUACCUACAACGCUUUCGGCCUCAAGUCUAUCAGCGCCUGCUAGAAGUGAACAACUCUAGCCAGAGAGAGACCACAGGGGACUAAACAUCCUGACAGCAGCCUGGGCUAAGGGUGUCACUUCCUAGAAGGGGAGGAGAACUCUGGGUCUAACAGGAUCUACUCCUGGGCUCACUGUGCCUCUUCCCUUGGCUUCCCUUCUCACAGUGACUCCUCUCUCUCCAGCUCUGCCUAUUCCUUCACCCUACUCUAAGCUACCCAUCCUUGAGCCCUCCCUGGCUGCUUCCUCUCCCUCAUCCGUCAGAUGCAAUCUGUGGGCCGCCCCUCUCCCCUGGCCGCUAAGCAGCCUCCAUUGAUUUCCGCUCGUGUUUAUAGGAUUUCCACUUAGCCGUGAUCAGUAGUUAAGCACAGGAAAAUCCCUUGCCACCCCUCCUCCCUUGGUCGAUGCCAUUGAUUCUGCCAGCGGCUCCUAAACCGCCUUACAGCUGAGUUAGAGAUGAGGGGAGGUAGCAGGGAUUUCCCUGCCUUGGGGUGUGGGGAAUAGCAGCAAGUUGGGGAAAUGGUUGGGAAUCCCUGUUAGAAAUCAAGAAAUUCUCAUUAGAUUUUGCCACUGUGCCCAGUUCUGGUGCAGAGGGUAGAGUGUCUUCUGUGGACGUUUAAGGGCAAAUUUGCUCCCCAACAUGGAGUGGUAGAAAGAAAACCCUUGUUGAGACAGGUUCUCAAGGCUCAGGGGAAGAAUCAUACUUCCUAUGUAAGGGGCUCUUCCCCGGCUGUUAUUCACACGUUUUCUACUUCAAAUAUACCCAAAUAUGGCUUUCAUCAC